CUGGGAGCCGGGCCGCCGGCUCUGAGCUGCCCCCGGCUGCUGGCAGGGGUGGCCCUGAGGGCGGCCCGCCGUGGCACCGCGGACGGUCCUGCUGCAGCUGUGGCCCUGACCUGAAGCUUCACGUCGUCAUCUCUGCUCCGGCUGGCAGCGGAGCCGGAGGGGAGCGCAGGCUGAGGGCGGAUCCAUGAGGACCCCAGCGGCCGCGCUCCCGCCCUUCGUGUUGGACGAGACUCGGCGUGGGGCCCGGCGGCCCUGAGCUGACCGCGGGCGCCGCGACCGGGCACUCGGGACCAUGAGUCUCGCGGGCGAGCAGGGCGCGUCCGAGAGCGUCUUCGAGCUGGACUACGCCUCCUGGCCGGUCCGCGCCGCGCUGGUGGCCGCCGGCUUCGCCUUCUACCUGGGCGUCUUCGUGGUGUGCCACCAGCUGUCCUCCUCCCUGAACGCCACGUACCACGCCCUGGUGGCCAAGGAGCAGGUCUUCUGGAACCUAGCGGCCACGCGGGCCGUGUUCGGCGUGCAGAGCACGGCCGCGGGCCUGUGGACGCUGCUGGCGGACCCGGUGCUGGCGGCCGACAAGGUGCACGCCCAGCAGAGCUGGUCCUGGUUCCACGUGGCCACGGCCACCGGCUUCUUCGGCUUCGAGAACGCGGCCCUGCACCUGUCCAACGCGCGCUUCCGCACCUUCGACCCCUUCCUGGCGCUGCACCACCUCUUCGCCUUCCUGGGCUUCCUGGGGCUGCUGGCCAACCUGCAGGCCGGCCACUACCUGGCCAUGGCCACGCUGCUGCUGGAGGUCAGCACGCCCUUCACCUGCGUGUCCUGGAUGCUGCUGAAGGCUGGCUGGGCCGACUCGCUGCUCUGGAAGGCGAACCAGUGGCUGAUGGUCCACAUGUUCCACUGCCGCAUGGUGCUCACCUACCACAUGUGGUGGGUGUGCCUGCAGCACUGGGAGGGCCUGCGGGACACCCUGGACCCGCCCCACCUGGCGCUCUUCCUGCUGGGCCUGAGCCUCCUCACGCUGGUGCUCAACCCCUACUGGACCCACAAGAAGACGCAGCAGCUGCUCAGCCCCGUGGACUGGAACUUCGCGGCGCCCCCGCCGCCGCCCCGGGCCAACGGCCAGCUGCCCCUCAAGAAGGGGCUGUAGCUGGGAGCCCCGCCUCCCACACCGGGCGCUUCUCCCGAGAGACCGCUUGGCGUGGGUUAGUGUUAAUUCCCAGGUCGCCACCAAGCCCUCCGGGUGAUGGCCUCCCGUCCCGCCGUCCGUCACGGGUCCUUCCCGGGAGCCCAGCCUGGGGGCGCGCUGCUCACGGAAGGUCCCGGGGAGGCGGGCUGGGUUCUGGUGCAGGCCGUGGAUUCCUCGCCCUCGCCUCGCUGGGCCGCACAGCCGAGGGCCGGUCUCCCGGUCUCCACCGGCAGGAAGGUGGGAGCCGCGGUGCUGCCUGCUCAUCUGCUGCUGUGGCCGAGCCCAGCCCCGCCUUCGAGGCUGCCUGGCCGACAGUCUACGGGAAAUGCACCCGCACCUGCUGCCCCAGCCUGUUCCCUGGGAGGAACGGCCCUGAGGGAGAAGCCUUGUCACCAGUUCCCCUGACUGUCCAGUGGGUGCAACAGCGCCCUCUGGGGCCCAUGCUGCAGCGGCACCGUGUGGGAGCACCCAGCCCCGUGGUGUGUUUUACAGGAGCCUUGCAGAUUUUUUAUCAAGAAGUUACAGGAAACCAGCGUUAUGUGUUCCCAUGGAAUCGCUCAGUUGAUGAAAUGAGGAAGAUAUGGAAUCAUCAGAACUG